AUGUCGCUAGUUACAGGCUACUCUUCUUCUGAAGAUGAAUCAGAUUCUCCUGCUCAACCUAGUUUCCAAUCUGUGAAAGUCGUUGCUGCACCACAGGUUAAAGAUGCCCCAAAGAAAGAAUUAACAAUAAGUACUAUAGACGAUAAUAAUAAUGGUCAAUUACAAAAAACAAUCACUGGUCAUAUUGAACGUGAAAAUUUUGAUGAAACAACCUUUGAAAUACAAAGAAGAAAUUUUGAUAAUCUCGGGUAUGCAAAGAGUUUAUAUGGUAACAAUACUGUUAUUGGUGAUCAAUCUAUGGCACAUAGAUUAAAUAAACGAGACAUCACAGAUCUAAAACCUUCCAAAGAAGAUAAGAAAAGAAUAAAGUCUAAGCGAUUCAAAAGAGGGAAAUCGGAUAAAAUUGAUGGUGAUGGUGCGUAUGCUGGUCCUUGGGCAAAAUAUCAUGAUUCAUCUAGUAGUGAAGAUGAAGUACAUCCUGAAGAAGCUGGAAGUGAAUCAGAAAAAGAGAAAGAAGAACAAGAACAAAUCAAAACAGACAGUGAAGAAGAGGAAGAAACUGGAUCACAAGAUUCAACGGAAUUUUAUGGUACAUCUGAGAAGGAUUACCAAGGAAGAACAUAUAUGCAUAUACCCAAAGAUGUUGGUGUUAAUCUAACAAAUGAUGAUGUUCCAGAAGAAUGUUUCAUACCGAAAAGACAAAUUCAUGUUUGGAAAGGUCAUACAAAUGGUACAAACAAAAUUGUACUUUUCCCCAAAUCAAAUCAUUUAUUACUCUCUUGUGGUAAUGAUUCAAAGAUUUAUUUAUGGUCAGUUUAUCAUAAACGUGAACUUUUACGAGGAUUUUUCGGUCAUAAUAAACCAAUUAAAGAUAUAGCAUUCAAUAAUGACGGUACAAGGGUUAUAAGUACAAGUUAUGAUCAUUUUAUAAAAGUAUGGGAUACAGAAACUGGUAAAUGUUUAGAAAAAUUUAGAACCAAAUCUGUUGGUAAUACAAUUAAAUUUAACCCUUUCAAUGAUGAUGAGUUUAUUGUUGGGUUAAUGAAUAGUAAAAUUGAUCAUUAUAGUAUAAAAGAAAAAAAAAUAAUUCAAAGUUAUGAUCAUCAUUUAGGUUCAAUUAAUAGUAUUACAUUUUUAGAAAACAAAAGAUUUAUAUCAACAUCUGAAGAUAAAACCGUACGUGUUUGGGAUUUACAAAUCAAUAUUCCAAUUAAAUUAAUUAGUGAUCCAACAUUACAUUCAAUGCCAGUUACCAAGAUUCAUCCUCAAGGGAAAUAUUUUGCUGCACAGUCUAUGGAUAAUACAAUCAUGGUAUUUAGUACAAAAGAUAGAUAUAAAACAAAUAAAAAGAAAUUAUUCACAGGACAUAAUUGUGCAGGUUAUGGUAUUGGUAUUGAUUUUUCACCAGAUGGUAAAGAUAUUGUUAGUGGUGAUUCAAAUGGUAAUGCAGUAUUUUGGGAUUGGAAAACUACAAAAUUAAUUAAAAAAUUAAAAAUUGAUGAUAAGGCUAUAACCCAAGUAUUAUGGAACACAAAAGAGGUUAGUAAAGUUAUAUUUACAGGUUCUUCUGGUAAAAUUUAUUAUUACGAAUGA